AUGCCAUCCAUGGUCAUACCCCCCUUCCCCAAUUCACCAGUCCAGUACGCCAGGACAUCCCCAGCCCGGUCCAUCGCUCUUGCCUGUUUGGAGGGCGGCCAGGACGAUGGACGGCACGCUGGACGGGGCGACGAGGGCAAGCUGAGCAGGGGAGGCCUGAUAACGGGGGGAGGCGAGGAACAGGUUCAUGAUGUGGAAGGUAUCUGA